AUGUUCAAGCUUUGUAAGCUGGCAUACCAAAAGGAAGACCAGCGUUGCUAUAUGAUAAGCUAUGAGUGCCAUAAAGCCAAGGAGGACCGAAAGCUUGAUACUGGAUCCUGUGCUCAAAUUGUUAUGCGAAACAAGAAUCUGGGAAUAGAAGAAUACAGGUUUCUUCUGAGGACCAUGGUUAGUUCUGGCAUCGGUGAAGAAACUUACUGUCCAAAAAACGUCAUAGAAGGAAGAGAGGAAUCUGCAACUCUUAUGGAUGCAAUUUCGGAGAUGGAUGGUAUCAUUUUUGAUACUCUUGACAAGCUCUUUGAUACGACAGGAGUUUCUCCCUCAGAAAUUGACAUUAUUGUCUCUUCAGUCUCUUUGUUCUCACCAGCUCCCUCUCUAACAGCUCGAGUAAUAAACCGUUACAAGAUGAGGGAGGACAUCAAGGCAUUCAAUCUCUCUGGAAUGGGUUGCAGUGCAAGUGUAGUAGCCAUUGAUUUAGUCAGGCAAUUGUUCAAGACAUAUAAGAAUUCGCUUGCAAUCGUUGUGAGCACAGAAUCCAUGGGUCCAAAUUGGUAUUCUGGCAAAGAGAAGUCCAUGAUGCUCUCCAACAUUCUAUUUCGUACCGGGGGUUGCUCCAUGCUUUUAACAAAUAACAAAGCUUUAAAGCAUAAAGCCCUCUUGGAAUUGACUUGUGUCGUACGCACACAUAUCGGCUCUAACGAUGAAGCAUAUGGCAGCUGCAUCCAAGUAGAAGAUGAUCUUGGCCACAAAGGGUUUCGCCUUACCAAAGACCUACCAAAAUCUGGUGCUAAAGCUUUAACCAUGAAUCUCCGAGUUCUUCUUCCUAAAGUUUUACCAAUUUCAGAAAUGUUCCGCUACAAAAUAAGCUAUUAUCGAAAUAAAAUAAUGAAGAGGCCAACUCCCAGGGCAGCAGGACCUGGUUUGGAUCUCAAGUCUGGAAUCGACCACUUCUGUGUGCACCCUGGUGGGCGGGCAAUUAUUGACGAGGUUGGUAAAAGUUUAGCACUGAACGAUUAUGAUCUCGAACCAGCUAGAAUGGCUCUUUAUCGGUUUGGAAAUACGUCAUCCGGUGGCCUGUGGUAUGUUUUAGGUUACAUGGAGGCAAAGAAAAGGCUCAAGAAGGGUGAUACAAUACUAAUGAUCAGCCUUGGGGCGGGUUUUAAGUGCAACAAUUGUGUGUGGAAGGUUAUGAAGGAUUUGGAGGAUACAAACGUUUGGAAAGACUGCAUUGAUCAUUACCCUCCAAACAACUUAGCCAACCCUUUCUCUGAGAAGUUUGAUUGGAUCAAUGAUGAAAGCAUGAAUUUCGCCCGGCGUGAAGAUUACCUACUGUAA